AUGGCCUUUAUUACCAAGGCGUUUAUAGCUGUAGCUAUAUUUGCAUUGACUUUGGACUUGACGUCAGCCCAAUCUGGAACGGAAUGGAACUAUUGGUCAAUGAAAGCAUGGGGUGCUAAUUUGGGCAAUUGGCUGGUGUUAGAGAGAUGGAUGGAUCACACCAUUUUUAAUAGGUACGCUCCCAAUGCCGAAGAUGAAUGGACCUUCUGCCAGCAGGCUUCAAAUCCGGCACAAGCAUUACAGGACCAUUGGAAUAGUUGGAUUACUGAAGAUGAUUUCAAGCUAAUGUCUGGAGUUCACGCAAAUCAUGUACGUAUACCAGUGGGAUAUUGGGCAUUUAUUCAACCCGAUGGUAACGAACCGUACGUCAGCUCUGGACAGAAAGCUCAAUUAGAACGCAUUCUUGGAUACUGCAACAAAUAUAACAUAUUUGCCAUCAUUGACCUACAUGGACUGCCAGGCUCGCAGAAUGGAGAGGCUCAUUCGGGACGCAUUGGGCCGAUUGAAUUUUUCAGCGACUACAACAUUCAACGCAGUUUAAGAACUGUACAGGCUGUCGUUGAUUGGAUGAACGGGCUGCCAUCUACAUUGAAAUCUAAAAUCGCCUCAGUACAAUCUGCCAAUGAACCGAGAGUAUCAGGCACCAAUCAAUUGAACAUAUUAAAAGGCUUCUACAACAAUGCUUUUAAUAUUAUCAAUGCUUCACCGUACAAAGUGCCAAUGAUGUUCCACGAUGGUUUCCAAGGUCUGAACGCAUUUUCGGGUUUCCUUCUACCUCCCGCGAAUGCCGUUAUCGAUCUUCAUCCCUAUCACGCUUUUCCACCCGAUACCGAUACCAACUCAAUCAUUCGAAAUAUUUGCAACACACGAAGCUACGCCCAGAGUUUCCAUUUGCCGGUAUUUUUCGGUGAGUGGUCCCUAGCAUCUGGAGUUCCAAACAGCGACUGGUGGCUAAGACAAAUGAUGGACACUCAAAUAUCCGUCUUUAAGACUGGCGGAGCAGGGGGAACAUUCUGGGCAUUGAAAAAUAAGAUUAAUUCAAAUGUGUGGUCGUUUGAGCAACUCGUCCAAGAGGGAAUUAUCAACGCAUGGACUUUUUCCGAUCAUACCAAUGCUCAGUGCUAA